AUGUCGAGUGAGCGAGAUAGUGAUAAUGUGUUGAGUGGGGCUGGGUAUGACGAUGCUGACCCUGCGUCUACCUCUGAGGAUGUCAAUUUUGAGGAUGAUGAUAAGCCGUCUGCCUCUGACUAUUUUGAGCCGUCUUACGAGGAUGCUGCAAAGGAAUUACAGGCUCAUAUGCGCAAACAGGUACGAGCCGACAUUCGUCAUGAUUUGAAUUUAGUAGAUAACUGCGAAACAAUCCCGGCAGUGGAUGCUCCCUCUAUUUCCCUUGAGUACGAACUUCGAUCAUGGACGCAAUUUAUGGACCCUGCCGGUAAAGGAUAUGGUGACUAUGGCACUAAUUUUGGCAAUGUUGUUGUGUCUUUUAACCAGGAUGCCGUCAGGGGUGCCCAUCUAGAGGACGUGGCUGGUGGGAGCCGUCAGAUGGAUGAAGGGGAGGUUAGCAGUCGUGCUAACGAUGUUGCGGGGUCCGAUAACUCCGCCGGUAGUGGUGGGGGAGAUGAUGAGGAUGUAGGGGAUUCAAUUUUGGAGUCUGAUGAUGAUAUUGGCCGGUUGUGGGAUGAUGGUGAAGACGUGGCCUCUCUGUGUGAGCAGGUAUUGAGAGAAGGGGAUCUGGAUGUGGAACCAGAUUCCGAUACGGAGGAGAUGAGCUACAGGGUUGAGAGUCCUCCUCCUGCUGGUAGUGCCGUUUACAAAGCUAAAAUAAUCAAAUCUUUUCGUGAUAGGGCUAUCAAAGACGACCAUCCGCGCUGGGCCAAAGAGUAUUUGAAACUGCCCAAAGGGUACCGUCUCGUGAUUCCUGCUGAGGGGAGUGUGAUUUUGGAUUGUCCUCCUGAUCAUAUCGGCGUGUAUGCCCAUCAUCUAGAUUUCGGCCUCCGAUUUCCUCUUCAUCCUUUUAUAGAGAAGGUAUUCCGGGCUUGGAAUGUAUGUUUGGCGCAGGUAACGCCUCAGGUAGUGAGGAAUGUUGUGGCUUUUACCUGGCUGCUAUCUUUUAAACAAUGGCCCCAAACCAUUAACCUGUUUAGGCGGCUGAUUUGGUUGAAAAAGUACAAGAAGAAGUCUGGAUGGUGGUCUUUUUACACCAAGGCAAGCAAAAUGACAGUCAACCCCAAGCUGUCUAGCUGUAAAGAUUGGGAAAAGAAGUUCUAUUGGUUGAGAGUGCCUUCUGAUUUCCCCAUUCGGACUCGCUUUCAUCUCCCCCGUCCUCAUAUGAACCAUUACCCCAUUCGGGAGUUGGGUUUCAGGGAGAAAAGGGCCCACCAGUUUGUGUCCUGUUUGCAUGUUGACACCGGUUUGCAGAAGUCUGUGACCGUUCCUAAGUACUGGUUGCCUCCUGCUAAGUAUAUUUUGGGAAAUGGGCCGCUGUCUGCAGUUGGCUUGUGCCACACCCAUACUCUUGUAUGCUUUUCUUGUUUUGUACGCAUUUUCUGUUUGUCUGUGUUUAAAUCUUUUGUUUGUUUUUUCUUACCAGGUCUGCAUACUCUCAACUUUGCUAUUCUUGGUUUGGGCGAAGACGGUCGUCCUACUACCAACAACCCUCCCAAUCCGAAAGGCGUGUUUUCUACUCUGUCGACCUACGCAACCCAAGCCAACAAAAAGCGUGGUUCGACUCGGGAGGAGGUUGUGAGUGAGUCUCCUGCUAAGAAGACAAAAAGAUUAAGCUCCAUACCAGCUCCCAAACCACUUUCCAUCCGUGCACCUACUGGAGUUGUUUUCAAAACGACUCAUACUGCUCCCGACAACCCUGCUCCAAGACCUGUCUUCAAGACCGUCCAUACUGCUCCUGACAUGGCUGGUGGUUUUAAAAGUUUGGAUUGCGGUCGUGGUGCUGCCCUUACUGGCAGGCGUCCUCGCGAUCGUAACCAACCCUUCACUCGGGUGAAUCGGUCUCGAGUGGACGGUACUACACAGCCUGCCCCUGACAAGUCUCAGCAGAAGUCUCCUGAGAAGGGUAUUGAAUCAGCUGCCGAUGCGAACGUCGCAGGCCAAGGGGGUGAUGCUGUUGAGAAUGUUGAGCCGAUAGCCCAACCAGACUUGAUGGUUGUGGACCUUAUGACUCCAACCCGCCAGAAUCAGGAGCAAGAGGUUAAUGAUACUGAUGUUGCUGGUAUGGGCCAGAAGACUCCUCCUCUCAUGCCUCCUACUCUUCAUACCUCUUCUGGGUAUGUUCGCCCUAGCCAGAGCGCUGGUACCAGCUCUGGUCUGAACAUGGGUGUCUUCGUCCGUCCUGGAGAGUGGAUUGAGAAGACUCCGAUUUGCUUGACUCCCAGGAAGAUGAAGUACUUUGAGGUUCCUCCUGGUGAGCCUGACGAAUCCUGGAACCCUAAAAUUGAUCUUCUUCGUGGUGAGUCGAUACUCACCGAUGACUGCAAAGGAGGUGGUUGCAUGGGUUGGAGGGCUUUGAAGGAUCUGGCUACUCCUCGCGACAAUCCUGCUGCUGAGAUUGACGCGCCGGCUGCCCAACAUAUGAAUGACUUGCUCAAGGCCUGCAACUCUGCAGUGGAGCUUGUGAAGCUGUACCUCUGCUACCAGGAGCAGAAUGAAGACCUUCAGAAAAGGCAGGCUGAGCUGGAGAAGCAGGUGAAUGACGCCAAGCAAGAUCUGGACCAAAAGACUUCUGAGCUGAAAAGGGUGAAGCAACGCAACCAAGAGUUGGAGAAUGUUGCGAACAAACUGGAGGCAGAGGAGACCAAAAACAAAGAGCUGUCUGAGAAGUUGCUGGAGGCGGAUGAGAAGGCCAAAGCUGCUUACAAGACCGGUGCUCGGGAUGGUGCCUUGCGAUUUUCUCGGUCCCAGACCUAUAGUAAGCGUAUCACGGAUAGUCAUAACGGUGGCUGGUUUGCUGCCCACCGUUGUGGCGUUCAUGGUAUUGGCCUUACCAAGGAGGACUGUGAGGAUAUUGAGUAUGCUUUCCUGGUGGAGGAAAAGCACAGGGUACCAACCGGUUGGGAGUCACAGAUCAUUCCGGAGGAGAUUAUUCAGAAUGCUGAUCCUUUGACUCUCCCUCCCAUUGAGCUGAAGGAAGAAGACUACCUGGAUCCUGCCCUGCUGUCUUCCAGUACCAACCAGAAGGAUCAUCAACAAGUUUGAAGGUGCGGGCAGUCAUCACCGGUAUCAUCCUGUGGUUCAUCUGGCGUUGCUGCUUUUAAAGAUUAGUUUAUUUUUUUAGACGCACUUUUGGUAUCAGCUGUUUGUGGCACUUUUUGCCCUGGGAUAUUUUAUGCUUGUUUUUGUAAACUUUACCUUGUGCCAUUUUUGAUCAGCUAACAAAUGUCAGUUUUGGUGUUGGCUGUCGAAUUUGCUUUA